AUGCGCAAGCGUCUUUUCCCGCCAGAGAAUUUAAUUUACAUCUCUAUCUCUCUAUGUCUGCCUCUCUCUAUCUCUCUCUCUCUCUGUCUGCCUCUAUCUCUCACUGUCUCUCUCUGCCUGCCUCUAUCUCUCUUUGUCUGCUUCUAUCUCUCUCCAUCUCUCUCUGUCUCUGUUUCUCUUUGUCUGCCUCUAUCUCUCUGCCUAUAUCUCUCCGUCUCUCUCUGUAUGCCUCUAUCUCUCUUUGUCUGCUUCUAUCUCUCUCUAUCUCUCUCUGUCACUCUGUUUCUCUCUCUGUCUGCCUCUAUCUCUCUCUGUUUCUCUCUGUCUGCCUCUAUCUCUUUGUCUCUCUCUAUCUGCCUCUAUCUCUUUCUUAUCUGUCUGCUUCUAUCUCUCUCUGUCUGCCUCUAUCUCUCUGUCUCUCUCUGUAUGCUUCUAUCUCUCUCUAUCUGUUAUCCCUCUCUGUUUCUCUCUGUCUGCCUCUAUCACUCUGUUUCUCUCUGUCUGCCUCUAUUUCUCUCUGUCUGCCUCUAUCUCUUUGUCUCUCUCUCUCUGUCUCUAUCUCUCUCUAUCUCUCUGUCUGCCCCUAUCUCUUUGUCUCUCUCUCUCUCUGUCUCUAUCUCUCUCUAUCUCUCUGUCUGCCUCUAUCUCUGUCUGCCUCUUUCUCUUUCUCUGUCUCUCUACCUGUCUGUCUCUCUCAAGUUUCUUCUUGGCUUCCAUUUUCUGUAA